UCCUCUGAUUGGCCAGCUGUCAACUCGAGCCCAACCCUCCCCUCGUACCCCUGAGAGGAAGAUGAGCAACCCGCAGCCAGGAUUGCUAAAUCAUGGCAACAUUUAUGGAACGAUUAGCUUUCCUUCAGAAAGUCCCGACUCUGAUGAAGGCUACAGCAGAUGAUGAAAACCCCUGUCCUGGCUACCUUUUUCAAGAGAUUGGAAAAAUCUCUCAUGAGUCUUCAGGUUGUGGGCAGUGUUUGCUGGAGUACCUUCUGGAGCGGUUGCAGGUGGAGUCCUGUCAUGUCAAACUCAAGGUGCUGAAGAUCUUUGUCCAUCUUUGUGGCCAUGGCUCAAACCAUUUCCUCACAGAACUUCGAAGAAACUCCACCUUCAUCCAGCAGGCGUCAGUGUACAGUGGCCCUCCUGAUCCCAUCCAUGGCACAGCCUUAUACCAGAAAGUGAGAAAUACAGCCCAGGAGGUGGCCAGGCUGCUUUUCACAGAUACACUUUCAGCCAGAAGUGAUGCACUCACUCUGAACACAGCCCCCCCGAGUAUGGGUAUGGGCUCAGGAACUUCCCACAGGUCAGGAAUGCAGGGAUUUGGAUACAGUCCGAGAAAGCAGGGAACAGCAGGCAGUGACUCACUGCUGGAUAAGAUCCAGAAAGCUGCAGAGGUAGUGGCCAGCGCUGUUCUUCCCCCCACUGAACACCAGGGUAUCCGUCUCCAUGACAACCAUUACCGGGCUGUGGUCGCGCCCUCUGCCCCUAUAGAGGUGGCUGUGCCUGCGUGUGCCUACAAUGUGCCUGCUCACAGACCUCAAGGAUUGAGCCAGCGCUGCCCAGGUCAGGUGGGAGGUGGUUGGGAGGAGACCGACAGUGGCACCAGCUCCUCUCAUAACUCUUCUCAGGAUAUCCCAGCUAACAGCAGAGCCUCUGUGGGCAGCAAGUCAGCCGGUACAGGGAGCCAAUCAGGAGCCAGCAGGGAGAGCAGUGGGGACCUAUCAGAGCGCCUGGUCUGCAGGGUGGAAGCGUUGCAGUUAGGGGACUGUGGCCAGGAGGUGGCGCUCAUCAACAGACUGACUGAGGGAUCCAGAGUGUUUCUGUCCCGAGAGGAGAGCCAGCACUUCAUCAAAGAGUGCUCCAUUCUCAACUGUGAAGUUGUGGUGGAGUUGCUCUCAAGCAAGCUUCAAGAUCCAUCAAACACUAUCAAGAUGCGGGUGCUGUGUGCUGUGUCAUGCCUCAUGACCUCUGACCUCCUCUCUCUUGAACAAAUGUUUGGAGCGACACAACGAAGACUCCGUCAGCUGAGUGAGGGUGCUCCGGGUCCUGUGGCCAACAAAGCCACUAAGAUCCUGCGCCAGUUUGAGGCUCUCAUGAGUGGAUGCCUACACCCUCCCAGGCAGGAUACAGCCAAUAGCAACAACCAGACAAUGCCCAAUCAGCUUCCAACACCUACAUACUCAGACCCUUUACUACCAACCUGCUCCUCUGUUAACACUAACCUCAACCAUCAUCAGCAGGAUAUCUCACCCACAGGUGUCAGCCAAACACUAAAUCACCCAUCAUCUUCUUCUUCUGCUCCCUCCACGGACCAGAGAGACUCUUCAGCAGAGAUUAAUGACGUUGAUGCAGAGACACUGCCUGCAGCUCAGAGAGAGUUGGUGCAAAACCAUGUGGAGCCAAUCAGGACUGCUGAGGAUGAAUUAGUUGUUGGGGAGCCAGAACUGGAUGAAAACAGGAGCUCUUCCCCUUUAGCUGAACCCCCGAGGGAGCAGCCCAGUCUGAGCAGACUGUUCCUGUUCAACGGUAUGGAACUGGUGACAAAGCCGAGGCCCCUGUGUGACAGAGAGGCCUCACAGACAGAGACAAAUAAAAUGGACGACAGGUUCAGGGAGAAUUUGUGUGUGCAUAGCAGUAUAAGUAGACCCAGUGAUGAAACUCCUUUAAUUUGCAAUUCAGUAGCAUCUGAACCAACGUCGGCCUUCUCAUUUCUCAACUUUUGACCACCUUUUUACAGCUGGGACUGUAAACACUUAAUCCAAUGAUGUCAUCACAUAAGUCAGAAAUCUAUUUAUUUAAAACCAAAAUUAGAUCUGUGCAGUUUUAACAAUUUUAAAAAAGGAGAUUAAUCAUGGUUGGGUGUUUUGUUCUUAUCUGUACCAUGCCUCUUUUGAAGUUCUAUUUAAGCUGCAGAUUAGUUUGAGAGAGCUCGUAUCAAUUGUAAUUGCCAGAAUACAGAUGUGCAUAAACCACACUCCUCACGUAUAUUAAGUAGACUGGUCUGGAACUAUGUUGCGGGUUGGCUGAGGUCUGAUUUUGCAAAAGAAGAGAAUUCCCUGAGAGUGGUUGUGUUAGAUUACAGGUUCUGAUUGACGGUUGUUUUAUCUCAGGAUUCCUUUUAGCCAACUGGAACAACUUGUACGCCUCUGCAGCACGCUCCACACCUCUGAGGGAGAGCACCCUCUCUUUGUACUUUGCACUACAGUUGCUUUCCUUAGAGACUCUACAGAAAGAAUUGUCUUCCAUAUUUUUUGGUACUAAGCUAUUACGUUUGUGUAAAGGUUAUGAGUUUACAGAUUAUUUAUUAAGUCUAUCCUGUCUUGAUAGAUCCAUACCUGAGUGAUCAAAGAGUGCAUGUCUAUGAUUAAAAGCUGUUAACUAAGGGAGGAAUACAUUGUGAGAUCCUGUGUGUACUUGUGUAUGAAAGAACAUCUGCUAUCUGUAUAAUGCAAACAGCUGGUUGCUCAUGUUACCAAAUAAAAAGCUGAUUAUGUUCAUUAAUACACCGUUAAUUCAGUUGCUGUUGAGUGAAGAGCGAGCUACAUGCACAGACAGUAAUCCAGCCUACUGAUAAUUACCAUCCAAGCUACUGAUGUGUUUUCUUUCACUGAACACAGGCUGUGAUGUAAAAUAAAACAUGCUGUAUUUUUGUUACAGCGCUAACUAA